CGGGGGAGCAGCGAGCGGGCUUCUGCGAGCCGGAGGAGGCACAGGCCUGUCCCGGGUCCCGGCAGGUCAGUGUGAAGGUCUGCGCGUCUGUUCCCAGGACUCUGCGAGGCCUGAAAAGGAGCAGCAACCUGUCCAGAAUCCCCGCAGGAAAAGGAGGGGAAAUCUCGACAUGGAAAAACCCUACAAUAAAAAUGAAGGAAACCUGGAAAACGAGGGAAAGCCAGAAGAUGAAGUAGAGCCUGAUGAUGAAGGAAAGUCAGACGAGGAAGAAAAGCCAGACGUGGAGGGGAAGACAGAAUGCGAGGGAAAGAGAGAGGAUGAGGGAGAGCCAGGUGAUGAGGGACAACCAGAAGAUGAGGGGAGCCAGGAAAAGCAGGGCAAGUCCGAAGGUGAGGGCAAGCCACAAGGCGAGGGCAAGCCAGCCUCGCAGGCAAAGCCAGAGAGCCAGCCGCGGGCCGCCGAAAAGCGCCCGGCUGAAGAUUAUGUGCCCCGGAAAGCAAAAAGAAAAACGGACAGGGGGACGGACGAUUCCCCCAAGGACUCUCAGGAGGACUUACAGGAAAGGCAUCUGAGCAGUGAGGAGAUGAUGAGAGAAUGUGGAGAUGUGUCAAGGGCUCAGGAGGAGCUAAGGAAAAAACAGAAAAUGGGCGGUUUUCAUUGGAUGCAAAGAGAUGUACAGGAUCCAUUUGCCCAAGGGGACAACGGGGUGUCAGGGGAGUGAGGGGUGGAGGUAGGGGCCAGAGGGGCUUACACGAUAUCCCAUACCUUUAAUGCCUUUGGCCUUCCAUUCUGACUUCUCUCAUGAGAAUAUUGCUGGCCCUGCUUUCCCUGGUAGGUAUUUGCCAGGCCCAAUGCUUUAACCUUAAGCUGAUACUUUGCUUUAGAUGUCAAUCUCGUUACCAGCAGCCUUUUGACCCAACUACAGUGCUCUAUAUUUUAGUAGAGGAUUUUCACCCAUGUGCAUGGAAAAGAUGUUCAUGGUACAUUGUAAAAAAAUAAAGAAUAAAAAUAAAAAAAAGUUUGCAGAACCGCA